GGCGUGCCUUCAUCGAAACUGCCAACAAAGUAUAUCGCUGUACUAUCCCUAGCGUAUAAUGGACACAGUGAUCACUCCGCUGAAAGGAGGGUUUGCUAUCAAGAGUAACGAUGGGAGAUAUCUGAAAGUAAUCGGCGAAGGUCUUGCAUUUCGUGAUCAAAUCUAUGAUUCCAGCGCUAAAUUCACGACCGAGAGGACGAGUAAUCAACAAAAUGUUUUGAAAGGAAACAAUGGGAAAUAUGUUAGGAUAUACGAAACUAACAAAUUCGAUAUCAAGUGCGAUGCUAAGGAUCAGCGCGAUGCUCUAAGUGUUGGGAGCCUCUUCCUUGCUGAUAGCUUCGUCAACUUCACCAUCACCAACCAGGCUUCUCUUGGUGGACGCACUGUGUUUAUGUCGAGCGAGGUCGGAAGCGUCAGUUACAGUCCAUCUAUCAGGGCCAAAGAUUUUGAAGAUGUUAGUUGCCGUUUCACCGUUUCGUAUGUACUAUCAUGAUAAGGAAUAGCUAUGCUUUGAGCUACAUAAGUGUUCUAUCGUUGUGUAAUCUGAAUACUUAUGUAAAUUAUCUGAGGAUUGCUUGUGCAUCAUGAUGUUCUCUUCGU